AUGGAGUUCACUGAGAUCUUACAUCGGAUUUUACAUACGAUUCUUGACUAUUUGAUGUCAUGGAUUCAUCCGAAUGCUCAAUGGGGGUGGAUGACAUGCGUCCGGAAAACGGGCAGGUUAGAGAGAGAGCAGCAGCCGUUGCUGAAGAAGCUGAAGCUGCUUCUUCUCUUCAAUCCUGUCACCGAAUGGAUCGACACUACUCAUGCCAUGCGUCUCCAUCUACACUCCGAGUCUCUCGAACAAGGCAAGAAAGAAGGCACAGCCGAGUCCAAGAAGCAAAUCCGCAAGUUCGUUGACACGUACGGCAUCAACAUGAACGACUUUGAACCAUCCGACGUGGACAAGUACAGCAACUUUGAAGAAUUCUUCACACGAGCGCACAAGCCGGGCUCGCGUCCGAUUCAUGAACCCAACAAUGCGUCGAAAGCCGUGGUAGUCGCAGACUCGCGUGCUGUUGUUUAUGAGUCGGUUGCCGAGACGGCCAGACUCUGGAUCAAGGGCAGCGACUUCUCCAUCACAAAUCUUGUCAUGGACACCGAGCUUGGCAAGCAGUUCUCCGAAGGCGCCGUUGCCAGCUUUCGCCUGUCGCCCCAAGACUACCACCGCUACCACUCUCCCGUGACGGGCAGGAUCAAGCUCUUUAGGAGCGUCCCCGGGGAUUACUACCAGGUCGAUGCGAUAGCGCUGCAUAGCAAGGUUGAUAUCUUGACGCGUAAUAGGAGGGAGUAUGUCGUCGUUGAGACCGAGGAGUUUGGGGAUGUGCUGUUUGUGGCUAUUGGUGCUACGGACGUGGGUUCAGUCAAAAUCCAUAGCCGCUUCCAGGAACAGGGGGCGCAUAUCAAGAAAGGCGAUGAGCUAGGGAUCUUCCAGUUCGGCGGGUCUUCGAUCCUCGUUGUGUUCCAAAAAGGGAGAAUCCGGUUUGACCAGGACCUGGUUGACCUCAGCAAACAGCGGAUCCAGGUCGCGGUAGAGGUAGGAAUGAGUUUGGGUCGCGCUGUUUAG